GAGAGAAUGUUGCAUGUUCUCUUAGUUUGUACCUGUUUUUAUUUUGUUUUAAUUUAUUUUUUGGUAAACAAAGUUUUGUAGCUUCGAGUCUGUUUACUCUCUUGAACUCUAAUGGCAGCCAUUGGCGGCAAAUUCCAUCAGCUUCCCAGACGGCACUCUCCAUUAUUCCCUAACAUUUCCUCUCCUUCUCACCUCCUUGCUUACCGAGGAUUCGCUUCCAGGCUUUUCGUUAAGGGUAUAUCUUUCUGCACCACAGAGGAUACGCUAGCAGAAGCAUUUUCACAGUUCGGCAAAGUUGUUGAAGCUAAAGUAGUGAUGAAUAAAGCUAGAAACAGAUCAAAGGGUUUUGGUUUUGUCACUUUUGUCUCAGAAGAUGAAGCUCAGAAGGCAUCGACAGAAAUGAACGGGAAGCUGCUCGAUGGACGCAUCAUUUCUGUAGAAAAUGCAACCUCUAGACGUCAAUUUAAUGGUGGUAUUUCUAUAGGAAGAGGGCCUCCUGAACCAACAGCCAAUAAUUAAAGUUUUUACUAUAUUUUGUUGAUAUAAACAUACAUAUGUACAAUAUGAUGGCUUGAUUUGUUUGUAUGCUUCAAUGUUUUGUUCAAAUUAUCUUCUUAAAUGCGCAGCUUUUUGUGCUGGAAUGCCUCCAACAAGAGGCUGAUUUGGCUGCAGCGACUGCUGAAUUCUUUAAUCAUAGCGUGUUUUAUUUUGCAA